AUGGGGAAAAAAAAUCGGGGUAUGCGAGCAAACUGGGAUGAAGAAAUGAUGGAGGAAGCCCUAAAUCUCAUAAAACAAGGAAAGUCGCAAAGAUAUGUGGAAAAUCAUUGCGGAAUACCUCGUCGAACGUUAAGAGCGCAUAUUAAAUCUGGCAUUUCCAAAAGAAAGCUGGGCAGGCACCCUAUUUUGAAUUCGGAAUUAGAAAGCGAAUUAGAAGCUAAGAUAAUUCGGUUUGCGGAACGGGGUUUUCCACUUACGCCAAAAACUAUUCGCAGAUGUGUGUUUGCAUUUGUCGAUAAAAAAAAAAUUCCAAACCCUUUCAGUGCCACCCAUAAAUUGGCCGGAAGGGAGUGGUACAGAGCCUUUCUUAAAAGAAACACAGCUAUUUCCCUUCGCCGAGCCCAAAACAUGAAUCCCGCCAGAGCCCAAAAGCUAAACAAACCCAUAGUACAGGAUUACUUCAACAAAUUGAAUAAUCUCUUGGAAAGGAUUGGCGUGAAAAACAAACCAGAAAAAAUCUACAACAUGGAUGAGAAAGGAUGUCGUCUGAAUCUGCACCACCAGCAACGAGUUCUUGCCCGAAAAGGAGCAAAAAGGGUUCAUUUAGUAGCUCACGAACACGCAGAAAAUGUCUCCAUUGUAGGAUGCGCCAAUGCCUUGGGUCAAGUGAUACCUCCCAUGAUUCUUUUUAAGGGCAAAAGGCUAAAACCGACAUUUGAGGAUGGCCUGCCAGGUGGCUCCGUGGUCCACAUGACUCCAAAGGGAAGCAUGAUUCAAGAAGUCUUCGUCAAAUGGCUAGAACAUUUUGCGAAAUACAUGUCUGCCCCUCCAGUUGUUUUAAUAUUUGACGGUGCUUCCUGUCAUUUGGACAUUUCGAUAGCAGAAAGAGCUGAGGAGUUAGGAAUUCAUUUGAUGUGCCUCCCAAGUAACACGACGCACGAAUUACAGCCGAUGAUGGAUAAGGCUGUUUUUCGUUCCUUCGAACAUCAUUGGGACGAAGAGCUUUUACGAUAUUGGGAACACCAUCCAACACGGACAUUAAACAAGGAAAGAUUUUCAGACAUCUUCACCCCAGUAUGGGGAAAGUGCAUGACCAUCGCCAAUAUAACCAACGGGUUUAGAGCAACCGGGAUUUAUCCCCUAAACAUUGAUCCAAUAGCAGAGUAUGCGUUUGCACCAAGUUUAGCAACAUUAAGAAAUAUUGAGGACGAGAACAACGAUAACUCAAGUCCAGAAGACGACGUGCCCCUUGCUAGUUUAAGAGACGAAACUAAAAAAGCAAACAACUCUUUUUCAGAAGUGCUGGUGACUCCUGAAGUAAAAAUAAAACCUAACGCACCAAUUCGGAAAAAAGCUUUAAAUUACAAAGCUUUAGAGGUAACCAAAAAACUUUUCAAAGAUACCACUAAUGUUCAAGGUCAACCUCAACUUGCAAAAAAAACGCAUGCAAAGACCUCUUCUGCAGAGCCCCAGCCAUCAUCUUCCAAAGGUCGCAUCAACAAAGAGAAUUGGUUAUGUGCUGGAUGCCACAAAAAUUUUGUUGCUGAUAUGAGGCAAUGUACGGAAUGCAAGUUAUGGUUCCAUGAAGAAUGUGUUGGAUUAACUGAAGACGAUGAUGAGCCCUUUGUAUGUGCGUUUUGUGAGGAGAAAUAG